AUGGCUCUACCAUCCCUCAACCGCGAACUUCCACAUACGCCCGCUGUUCUAGCUCUCGAAGAAGUAAUGAGACGUCUCACCGAACGCAACGAAGUGAUUAGGAACUUCUGCUCCCGUCCAGGAGUCCAAGAGGGAAGAAAGAUUCUCAACAUCGAUGCUCAGCACGCCGCAGACAGCCUCACGCAAUCAACACUUGUGGGAUCUGGUCUUCUCCACGCCUCGCCGCUGGUCUUAACUGACAACGAGGACGGCUCUCUCCUGAUUGUCCACCAUGUCGGCCGAAAGCUAGCAGGUCACGCAGGGCUGCUGCACGGCGGCGUGGCUUCAAUGCUCCUCGACGAAGCCAUGGGACGUGCCUGCUUUCCCUUGCUGCCGGAACAGGUCGGGGUGACGGUCCGAAUGGAGAUCAACUAUCAGGCUCCAAUACCGCUUGACAGCAUUGUCUUGAUCAGAGCCCACACGGAGAAGGUGGAGGGCCGUAAGGCUUGGACUGAAGCCACGAUCGAAGAUCCUGACACCGGUGUCGUCUACGUCAAGGCGACCGGACAUUUUGUUCAGCCGAGAUGGGCUGUAAGCAUGUCGAAGGUGCUUUGA